AUCGAAUUUAAUCUCGUUGAUAUUGGCAGUAUGUGAAAUACACUUCACGAGAUUGCAUCAAUCGAAACUCGGCCAUUUUUGUCAAAGCUAUCACACCGAGUAAACAUGAAGAUCGGUCUUUGCGCAUACAGUGGAUAUAAAAUAUAUCCUGGCCAUGGUAAAACCAUGGUUAAAGUGGAUGGAAAAACAUUUACAUUCUUGAACUCAAAAUGUGAAUCUGCACAUUUAAUGAGGCGCAAUCCAAGGAAAGUGACAUGGACAGUAUUAUACAGACGUAAACAUAAAAAGGGACAAGAAGAAGAACAAGCGAAGAAAAGGACGAGACGUACUCAAAAAUUCCAGAGAGCUAUUGUAGGUGCGUCCCUUACAGACAUAUUAGCCAAACGAAACAUGAAACCAGAAAUUCGUAAGGCUCAAAGGGAGCAGGCAAUUAAAGCUGCUAAAGAACAGAAGAAAGCUGCGAAGGCAACAAAGAAGGCAGUUGUUGCACCCAAAGCGAAAGCAUUGCCCAAACACAAAGCAGCGAAGAUAACGCAGAAGGCGGCUCCUCGUGUUGGUGGAAAACGUUAAUUUACGAAACUGUAUAAAUAAAAAGGAACUUUAUAUUUAA